AUGGCGCUAGCUACGGCGAUGCCCAAAGGCAUCUUUGGGAACACACAGGAGAUAUACGCUGAAGUGGCAAGCUACCCCGUGGUGCCUCCGGAGAAGAUUAGACAGUACUGGAAUGUUUAUACUACCACUUUCCGAAGGCUAGUCGACCCCAGUGCCUUCCGCCUUGAGAACUUCUGGUGGCAUGUAUGGGGUAGUGAUAGGCGGAAUUUGAGUGGGCCAGCGCUUGCGAGACUCUUCAAAGAGUUCUCGGAAGGCCCAACAUUCGUGCCGGUCACGGGGCCCUCCCAUUCUGAUGGAGGCUUAUUGAUGCUUGGUCUAGGUCGGCGCAACGUUGAUGGAACUCAUGCUGAGACGACCCAACAGCGAGGCUAUGGCUCAGGGCAGGAAUCUGCUCAAUCUUCCCAAUCUGCUCCUUUAGACAAUAAAAAAGCGCCAACUCCUUCUUCCUCGAGGCCCCCCCCCCCUCACCCGAUUCUGAAAAAGUCCAGAGGCCCUUCUGCGUCAGGGCCACGGCCUACUGCACGGUUUGCCUCACCGCCAGCUUCUGCCGACGAGAGUAGUGACGGAGACGUUCAAUCGACCGGCGCGAUUGUAUCUUCGCUAGACAUGCCGCCCCCACCAUUGCCUUUGUCAGCCAGCCGAAACGAAGCCGUCACACCUGCCGCUGCUGCUGUGCCUGCAACAGAGAUGGCCCCGCCGCCUCUUCCGUCAGCAAAGGUGAAAAAGACCCCAGCCCCGUUGGUUGUCGUGCAGGGGGCGGAAAAGCAGACACCUCCACCAGUUUCACCAUCCAGGGAGCGCGCGGCGGCGCCCACGACCAGAAAGGUUGUAGCCACUACAGCGGCGUCAAAAAGGAGGCCAGUGGUGAUGCGCAGACCGAGCUCACACUCCACAACAGGAUCUGAUUCCAGCCCACGAGUGGCCGGCUUCGUGAACCACUCAGCUAAGCAACCCGAGAACAAGCGGCAAGUGCCGGCAACCGAGCAGCUCCUCGGACACGGGGCUCCCUCAACGCAGCCAAGCGAGCCUGGAAUGACUGCCAAGGCUGCUGGCAAACGGCCAGCCAAGGCAACGACGAGCAAGCGACCGAGCUCUCAAAGUGCUCCCAUGCAGCGGGAGGGCAAGGUCGACGGGGUCGAGACAGUGCAGAGGCCGCAGACCACGGGCCCGCAACGGAGGUCGACGUGGGAUGUACGAGAAGUUGGGCCGAUGCGAGGGGUAACUGGAGCACAUGGCGGAGCUAUCCAGGAACCUCCACCGAUACAUCCACCCGUUGCUGGAUUCGUGGCAGAUAGUGCAAUCGAGGAUGGAGCGCCUCCAAUGGCGCGCUCGCGCUCGAAUAACGAGGCACGAUAUCGCCAUCGUGAGCCUGGCCUGGCUCUUCUCCCAUCGCAAGCCACGAGUAGCGUUGCCAUGAUCACUGCAACGGCUCGAGGGCGGUUUGACUCGGAGACAGUUACACCUAAACCAUCCAUCUUGGAGCCCAUGGAUAUUCCCGAUAGUUCGAAGGCUGAUACACAACCGUCGUCUUCAGUAUUGCUCGAUCUGCAGUUCAAACCGACACCACCCAAUCCGGCGCCGCCAAUCCCCUUUGGGCGGACGAGAAGUGAACUUACUCUGCUUUUGGAGCGUGAAAAGGCGCGUAAGGGCGGAGGAGCUUAA